CGGAAGCGGCAGGUUGCUUCCUUCUCCUCUGGCUCCCUCCCCGCCUCUCCCUGAGGGAGUGGUGGGAGGGGGAGGGAAGGGCAGAGGGAAGGUAGUGACACGUGUCAAUCAACCCCCCUCCGGGGGGCGCGCGCUCCGGGGCUCGCGCCGAGGGCUCGCGCCCCUGCCUCGUGCCUGCGCUGCUCGUAUGUAAAUGAGGGCGCGUGACGCGGGACGCAGAUGGACAAGGGAAGAGAGAGAAUGGCCGCUGCUGCCGCCGCUGCCGCCGCUGCCGCCGCCGCUCAGUGCCGGAGCCCUCGGUGCGCGGCGGAGAGGAGAGGAUUCCGGCGGGAACUCGACUCUUGGCGCCACCGCCUCAUGCACUGUGUAGGUUUUGAGAGUAUUUUAGAAGGGCUUUAUGGACCACGGCUACGAAGAGACCUCAGUUUAUUUGAAGACUGUGAACCAGAAGAGCUGACUGACUGGUCUAUGGAUGAAAAAUGUUCAUUUUGUAACCUACAGAGAGAAGCAGUCAGUGAUUGUAUACCAUCUCUUGAUUCUUCACAGUCAACACCAACAGAGGAGCUAUCAUCUCAGGGCCAGUCCAACACUGAUAAGAUUGAAUGCCAAGCAGAAAAUUACCUAAAUGCACUCUUUCGAAAGAAAGGGACCUGGAUGAAUCUGGAAACCAUCAUUUUCAACAAAGUGACCCAAGAACAGAAAGCCAAGCACUGUAUGUUCUCACUCAUAGGAUAUCAUGACUAAAACACCAAAAGCAAUGGCAACAACAGCCAGAAUAGACAAGUGGAAUCUAAUUAAACUAAAGAGCUUCUGCACAGCAAAAGAAACCAUCACCAGAGUUAACAGGCAACCUACAGAAUGGGAGAAAAUUUUUGCAGUCUACCCAUCUGACAAAGGGCUAAUAUCCAGAAUCUACAAAGAACUUAAACAAUUUUUUUUUUCGAGACAGAGUUUUACUGUUGUUGCCCAGGCUGGAGUGUAAUAGCACUAUCUCGGCUCACCACAACCUCUGCCUCCCAGGUUCAAGCAGUUCUCCUGCCUCAGCCUCCUGAGUAGCUGGGAUUACAGGUAUGCACCACCACACCCAGCUAAUUUUUGUAUUUUUAGUAAGAGAUGGGGUUUCUCCAUGUUGGUCAGCCUGGUCUUGAACUACCGACCUCAGGUGAUCCGCCUGCCUCGGCCUCCCAAAGUGCUGGGAUUUCAGGUAUGAGCCACUGUGCCUGGCCCAAGAAAUAGAUAUUUAUGGAAUUAUAAGAAGUACAAAUAAUUUGACUUGAAUAAAGAGUUAGGAGAAGAAAGUAUAUUGUACACAGACUUUACAAUAGAGGUAACAGUUGAGCAGAAUUUCCUUAGUAUAAGAAUGCAAAGGAAAAGGGAUAGCUCCUGUAUCGGGGUUCUUGAUUUGAAGUUACUAACUUAGCCCAUGUUAAGAAAAAGGGGGUUAUUGGGAGACUAUUCAGGGUUCUCACAAUUAUCUAAAGGCUAGAGGGCCAACGUUAGCAAAUAAAAAAAACCCAAGAAUACAGAGGAAUGACAGCCAAGGACACAUUGUAAUAAACAAGUCUGCAUAACCUGAGGUUUAUGCUUCCAUAAUGUGUUCGUUUUUCCAAGUCCUAAGAGGAUUCAUUUAAUUGGCCCAUUCUAAAACAUCUGCCUGCCCACCCUUAGCACCACUAUGGCAGAGAAAGAGAGGAGGGAUCUGGCUUCUUCCAUAUUGAGUGUACAUGUAGUUAAAAUAUGAGAAUAGCACUGUAGAAAAUGAAUAUGCCCACACAGACCGGGUUUAUAAAAAAUAAGAUUCUCGAGUUGUCAGGUGAAGUGGGUAUGCUUUUGAUUGUGGUGCUCUCUACAUGCUAUCUAAAACCCUGGAAAAGGGGGAGUUAGGGUACCAAAAUUAGGCGACUUGGUUGCUGGACACUACACAUACAAAACCAGAUGUUCAUUAAACCCCUUCAUUUGCCAAAAACAAGGACGCAUUCUCAGCCCUUAGGCUGCUUAGCCCCUACAGUAUCUGACUUUGUUGAUCAUUCGUUUCUUUCUUGGAAAUGUUCUUUCCUUUGGCCUUUGCUAUACCACUUUCUUUGAUUUCUCUUUACUUCUAUGAAAAUUGUUUCCUGUUUUCUCUUUUCUUUUUUUUUUUUUUUUUUUACCUUUCCUAUGAGGAAGAAGGUAUAAGUUGGGUAAGGUAGAUUGUCUUAUUCUUUGUUUCAUCCCUUAAAUAUUAUUCUUCUCUUGAGGCUCAAUUCUCAGCCUCCUUUUAAUUUAUGGAUUCUCCCUGGACAACCUUAAGCUUCAAGCCCUCACAUCCUAGUGACAGAAAAUCUGCAUUACUAGUCCUGAUUUUUCAAGUUCAUAUUCCUGGCUGCUUCUAGGUUAUCUACUUCCAGAUACAACCCACAAGAAUUUCAAAGGAGGUAGUAUGUGUAACACUGGAAAAUUUUAGUUAUUCCUUUUGACUUCUACUCCUGUCUCCUCCAUUAAAAUAUGAAUUCUUUGAGGACAGAUGCUGUCUUAUAUUUUAUCAUUUUUUUCUAGUACUUAGCACAUAUAUUUAUGCUCAAAACAUGUGUAAUGAAUGUUUCCUAUUCUAGUCUCCAGAAAAAUGAGAAGGUUAAAAUCCUAUUCUAUAGCCCAGUUUCUUAAUAUAAAUAACCCAUACUCCCAGUUACCUUGAUUAGAAACUUCACACUAAAUACUUGUUGAGUAACUAAAUCUACCGGGUCCUCUCAGUCUCAUUGAUUUUACUUAAAAUGUUGUUUAUUUAAUUUACUCUGCAGGUGUUCAUAUUUUCUUGGCUUUACCAUAACCCUCCACAUACUUAUCUUUUCAUUUUCUCCUAAAACAAAGCCACUAUUCCUUUAAAAAACCUUUUACUUGCUGCUGCUGCUUAGUAUCAACACUAAAAUCCAGUUACGUUUAUGUGUACUUCAGUGUUUUUGCUGCUUCCCAUUUCCUCUUUGCUUGAUAAACUCUAAAUCAUCUUUCAAGGAAGAAAUGUUUUAUAUUCUCUGAUCCCUUUCCUGUUUUUCUUUGCACUACCUCCAGGCAAAAAUUAAAGUUUCCUUCUUAGAUUUCCUGUAAUACAUUGUAUAUGAACAUAAAUUAGAUGUGUUUUACCAAAAAGAGAAAGGAUUAUAAGAAACUAAAACCUUUAUCAUGUGGGUAUCUGUUCUACUUGGUGAGAAUACAGCUUAUACAGAUGGUGAUAUGGGAGUAAUGCAUCUGCUGGUCUUUUUAAAAAAAUGUUUUUAUUGUAAAUUGACAAUUUAAAAUUGCAUAAAUUUAUGGGGUACAAAGUGACUUAUGAACACAACUUGGAAUAAUUAAAUCAAGCUAGUUCAUACAUCAUCACUUCAAAUACCUAACUAGUUUUUGUGGUGGCGAUUUACGCUCUUAGUGAUUUUGAAAGGUAUAGUACUCUAUUUUUAACUCUAUUCACCACGUUGUGCAAUAAAUCUAAACAGAAAAAAAAAUCCAUAUUCCUUUUGAGAUGGUGUACCCUUUGACCCUGUCUCCCCAUUACGCCUACCCCCAGCCUUUGUGUUCUACUCUCUAUUCCUUGUAUUCUACUAUUCUACUCUCUGCUUCUUGAAUUUGAUUCUUUUACAUUUCACAUAUAAGUGAAGACAUGAAGUAUUUAUCUUUCUGUGUGGCUUACUGCACUUCAUAUGAUGUUCUGUUCCAUCCAUGUUGUUGCAAAUGACAGAAUUUCCUUCUUUAAGGCUGAAUAGUAUCCCACUGUGUGUGUGUGUUUUCUUUUGUGAUAAUGGUAUGGAUUCUUAUGAUAAUGUGGCUGUAUCCCCUUAACCUCCCUCCACCAAAGAAAACCCUCCUAAAAUGCUAUAAAAGGCCAAGAUCCUAUGAUUCUGUGUUCUUUAUAUUCCUGUGACCUGGCAUAUUCCUCAUUCUGCAUAGACCAUUGAGACCACCAAAUCUGUACAACAAAAAGAAAUUUCAGGAAGCCCAUGUUCACUUACUUUAUCCUUGAUUUUGUACUUAUUCUUUGCAGUCCAUACUCAGUGGUGAAAGAGUAAGCCAAAGUGAAAGCAACGUAAGCAAUGUGUAAAUCUUCAUUCUUGCCAGCCUUUGAACCAACUAGCUCAUAAGCCUUCCAGAAGAAAAAUCGGCAACUGUUAGUAACUUUUGGUAUAAAGUGUGAGAGAGUAAAGAAACGUUUUCUCACUUUUGUUUUUCUGUGUGCUACCAAUUUUUAAAGAUUAGCUUAUUGCUCAGUUGUUAAUGUUGUCCUUAUUCCCUUUGAAGAGUGAAGAGUUGUUUCAUUUAUGAGAUACUGGUUGAGUUACUUUGUUGAGUUGUGGGACCAAGGUUGAUCACUGAACACAUCAAUAAGCUAUAGUGUUGAGUGUUUAGUCUCAAGGAGGACAUUGCUGGUUAUAGUAGGCUACAAUGGAGAUUCAGUAGGGAGAACAAUUUAUGAGCUCUUGAUUCUCUUGUCAUCUCAGGGGUGUUGAAACUGAAGACAAAAUGAGCUGCCAGAUCAGCGGUCCCCAAUGUUUUUGGCACAGGGGACAGGUUUCGUGGAAGACAAUUUUUUCUCAGGCAAGGUGUUGCAGGGAGAUGGUGUCAGGAUAAAACUCUUCUACCUCAGAUCAUCAGUUAUUAGUUAGAUUCACAUAAGGAGCAUGCACACUUCACAACCUAUGAGAAUCUAAGGCAGUUAUGCUCAGUUGCCCGGUUCUUUACAGGGCAUGGACUGGUACCAGUUCGUGCCCUAAAGGUUGUGGACCCCUGCUCUAGAUAUUCUUUCGAGAAGUAUAUAAUCUUUAUAUUGUAUUCUUUCAUACUAGGUUGUUAACUCGUGGAGAGCAGAAAAUACAUAUACUUUCUGAGUAUCUUUUAUUACCCUGAGCAAGUAUCAUAGUUAUAUUAGAGUUUUGAUCAUUGAUUUUUAAUAACUUAUAAAAAUGAAAGAUGAUCUCUACUUGAAAUCUAGCUCUGUGCCUCUGUAAUUAUCCUAUUACAGUAUUUUCUAGGUAAAGGAUUCUUUUUAAUACUCCUUAAUAGUAAUUUGUUUGCAUUUUACUUACAGUCUUAUGCCAUUUAAAAAUUAAAGAUAGAAAAGCAACAUUUGGGAAUGUCUUUUAUGGCUCAUUCUGUAGAUAAAGUAGAGCAACAGUAUGAGUCCUACUAGAUGAUUAUUGAAUCUAAUUCCUCAGUUUACCUUUCUGCUUGUUAUUGUAGCAUUUAGAUAUUUUGCAUGGUCUUAUUGUGACCAGAGAAUAAUACAUUUAAAUCCUAUAGUAGUUCAUAGUGGUCCUUACAAAACUUAAGUAAACUACUAUCCCUAGAAUAGACUUUUUACUCUUAUUUGGUUUCACUCUAUUUUCAAAAUAUUAGAUUUUCUUUGGAAACAGAUCUGCUUUUUAACACUUUUACUUUGUUUUGCAUUUGUUCCUAGGAAUGCCCCAGCUAUAGCAGAUCCAAAAGCUUAUAUAAAAAUUUUGGCAUCUCUUAAGUACCAUACUGUUAUAUUGGUUAUGUUUUAACAAGUCAAAUAUUUGUGGCACUCCUAACUAUAAUUCUCCACAGUAGCCUCUAGACAGUAACUUCAAAGCUGUGUUGAAGGUGGCUGUAAUAGGAAUAAGGCAACAUCUGAAUGACUCCUUUGAUGGGUCAGAGAUUUAUACUACUUAAUAGCAAGUGUCAUCACUGUUGAAGAGGCAAAAACAAACAACAAAAAGUCUAUCACGGGAAAUGAUUCAGCAUUUCAACUAAUUUCUAGUCAAAUUUCCACUACAAUCCUGACUAUUUUGUAGAGAAAUAUGAACAUUGAGAUAAUAUAUUUAGAGUAAAUUGCUUGACUGCUUCCCUAUAAGAAGAAAAUUGUUUACCCUUCCUUUUCAAUUACCAUAAUUAAGUGUUUCAUAUAUUGAGAGUAAGAGGGCAGCUGGAAGACUUGUGCCAUUAUCAUUUAUCUCUUCUGAACUUGUCUUGCAUGGUGGAAUGUAUUGUUAGCUUAUAUAGGAAGUGGAAGCUAGAUGAAGCAGAAUGGGAGUGGAAUGUCUGGGAACAUUGAUACAGAAUAAUUUUUGUGUUGGCAGUCUAUGUUAUGGUGGUUAUCAAUGAUUUCUGAUGGGGAUACAUUUUUAAACAUUUGUUUUCUUUUUCUGAUAAUAUUCAGAAACCUCUGAAUCUUUUCUCCUUAUUUUGCUUGGCAGAUUGCCCUCUGGCCUCUCUUUAUCUACCUCACAGUUAGAAGAAAUGAAGCGGUGAAUAUAGCAUUUUAUCAUUGCAACUUAAAAUCAGCAUAUACUACUUUGCUACUGUAAUUCUCAUGAUACUAUUUAUCUCUUUAAUUUUACUUUCUAGCUCAGAGAUUCUUAUACCUGGGAUUCCCAUAGUUCACCCAAAACUUCAUGGAUAGGAUUUCAUGGGUCCAUGAACUUGAAUGGGUGAAAAAAUUAUGUUUUUUUUCCAUUGACCUUUAGUUGAAAUAUAGCAUUUACUUCAACUGUAAGCAUAGACAACAAACAACAGUGGUAUUAGUAAUACCUGUUCCAGUAAUAGAAAUCAUAAACAUUUUUACAUCAUAUCUUGAGUUAUUUUUUACAUUCUCACUACUUUGAAAUUAUGGUAGAUAUUAGACUUUCUACUAGAUUAUAUAUUUUAAUGCAUUAAAAAGAGGUGUAUAUAUAUUACAUCUUAAUUUUUCGAAACAAAGGUUGACAACUAUAUUUUAAUAUAGUUUGUUUCCUAUAUAUUUAUUCAUUUAAAAACACAGUUCAGAGAAAGAGCCUGUGGGCUUCCCCACACUGCCAGAGGAGUCCUUACACAAAAAUAGUUAAGAAUUCUGUUUUCCAUCUUUAGUAUUUAAUCUUCAUAAUGUCCCUAGAAUGCCAUAUCUUAAGGACAGUGUUCUUAGAUUUUAUAUAUACAGAUAUAUAUAUACACACACACACACAUAUAUAUAAUUAUAUGUACAUAUAUAUGCAAUAUAUAAAUAUACAUGUACAUGUACCUAUACUUUUUUUUUUUCCAGAUUUCACUCCCUCUCCUGGCUUCAACACUUCACUUCUGUUUAGAUGAGCCACCGCCUCUUUCCCGCUUUCAUUACUAUUUUCUAGACACCUCCACGUGUAUAUUUUGGGACAAAUUUUAAGUCACUGAGUCUAAAACUAAACUUAUUUUUCUUUUAAACCUUGUUCUUUUUUUUCCCCCAUGUUCUCCUUUAAUUAGUGCCAUUGACGCUUUCCUAUUCACCCAGAGUUAAAUUGCAAGAAUAAUUCUUGAUUCUUUGUACUUUCUUACUACUUUCUCUAAAAGGAGUUAUAAGAAAUAGCUGGGGAUUAUUAAAGAGGCUGCUGUGAACAUUCUUGUGCAAGUCUUUUUUUAGACAUCUGUUCCAUUUCUCUUGGGAAAAUACCUAGGAGUAGAAUUGCUGGGUUAUAUGAUCAACGUGUAUUUAAAAUAUAUUAUAAAAUAUAAUAGCUAUUUGUAUUAUAAAAUAUAAAAGCUAUUUAUGUUAUAAACUGCCAAACUAUUGUAGAAAAUGUAUUCUUUGAGUCUUAAUAGCAAUAUGUAAGAGUUACAGUUCCUCCACAUGCCUGUGAGCAAUUAGUGUUAUCAGUCUGUUACUAGCUAUUCUAGUGGGUGUGAAAUGGUAUCUCAUUUUGCUUUAAAUUGCAUUUCCCUGGUGACUAAUGAUAUUCAGCAUGUUUUCCAGUUUUUAUAGACAAUUCAUAUAUCUUCCUUUUUAAAGGAUCUGUUCAAGUCAUUUGCCCAUUUUUAAUUGGGCUUUCUUUUGAUUUGUAGGUGUUCGUUAUAGAUUCUGGAUAAAAGUCCUUUGUCAGAUAAUUACUAAUGUUUUAUGUUUGUUGAAUAGUGCUUUAGCCUGGUUGAAGGUCUUUUAUAUACUUUGUCCCUAAUUAGUUGGGUAGAUUAAUCUUGUGAGGUUGAAAAUGUUUAAGUUCUGAUGCCCUCCCUGGGGUAGGUAAAGAAACUAGACACAUGGAAGAAACUAAAUAAGACUAAGACAACUAAGAAAAUAAGAAAGGGGAACUCUGAAAGAGAUUGAGAAAGACUUAGCAACUUUACAUUUUGAAUGGUUGAAUGGGUUAUAAAAGUUGUUUUAUCUUCUAAAUUGUAUAGUAAAUUAGGCUUUAGACACAGUUAUAAAAUGAAAUUAAACUAUACUCACAAGGUCAUUAUAGGGUCUGUAAAGAGUAUUAAUAUGUAAUAUCAAGGUAGCCCAGUAGGAUACAAGGUUAAAUUUAUAACGCUGAAGUCUCCUUUUAUUUCUGCCACGUGUAAACAUAUAACCUACUUUGAAAAUUAUAUUAAAAUUCUAAAUAUGUUUAUAAAUGUGCAGCACAGGUGAAAUGACUCUUUUGGUGCUUCAGUUCUAGAUAUAAAAGUAGACCAGACUUUGUUCUAUUGUAUUGCCUUUAGUUCCUCUUUUAAUUUGAAAAAUAUGCAGCUAGGCUUACCAAUAGAUAAAAGUAGUAAUUAAUAUAAUGACUUAAAAUUUUUCUUUUUAUAUGUCUUGAAUAUGCCUCUUUGUUAUGGGGACAAUGGUGGGUGCUGCUGUUUCCCUUUUGGUGUUCUAAGUAUCAUACUUGCUAGUAUGUUUCUAUGGAGAAUGAUGUGAAAAAAGAGAAGAAAUCUAAAUCUGUAAGCUUUUCCAUUUACUGCCUUUAUCACAGGAGAUUUUGAUAAGGGAAGAAUGAAAUUAUUCAUGAAAAUCAGUUGUUUAUUUGAAUUUGAGCAGUUCAGAUUAUUGCCAUUCUUAUAUUCUACUUGACAAAUGCUUUAAAAAGUUGGAUUUAUUAAUAUUACUCUUUAUAUUGAGGGAUUACCAGAUUUUUAUGAUAUAAUACAAUGGAUGUGGAAAAUAACACUUUUUAUUACAGAGCUCUGCCUUUUUACUGUUUUUCCCCCAGUUGUCUGACAUAGUAUAGCUGCUAGAGCUUGUUUUGUUAGAUGUAUCUAGCAGUGGAAGCAUAUUAUAAUGUGCUAGAAAAAUAGUUGCAAUAGAAUGUUGGCAAAAUUUGUCAGAAAACUUGGAAAUGACUAAAAUGUUAACCCAGAGCAGUGUUAUAUUGGCAUUAAGGAAUGGGUACAAGAAACAGAGACCCACCUAAGCUGGGGAUGAAUACCUCUGAAUUGUUCAGGAGGAUUAUGGGGGCAUCUCAUAUAUAUGAUUUCAUAAAUUUGUUAACCCUGUAUGUAAAUUACAUAAGUUUAUGAAAUGUAUAUAAUGCAUUAUGAAACUCUUGCGGAAUAAGGAAAAGUAACGCAUCAGUAUCAAGCUUAUUGACUUAAAUAUUUGUUCAACUUAACCUAUUUUACAUCGUACUGUUGGAGGUGAUUGGGAACUUCCUACAAUAUUCUGUGUGAAGAGAUUUGGACUUGGGGGAAACUGAAAUGAUCUUUGCUAAUUAAACUAAGUUAUUGUGCUAUCCCUACUAUAAAAAAAUCCAAAGGGGAGGGAAGGAUAGAAUUACAAACACAUAUGUGAAAAGGAAAAUGAUACGUAAAUGUUCUUCCUUAACAUCUUCUUGAAUAUAGGUAUCUCUCUUUGUUUCAACUUUCAUUAUCUAAACUCAGGAAUUAAGUAAGUUCAGAUAAAUUUUCUAUAUAUAUAUAUAUAUUUUAUUGCACUUUAAGUACAUAUAUGGCAAUGUGGUUUGCUGCCUCCCUAUCACCUAUAUCUGGCAUUUCUCCCCAUGUUAUCCCUCCCCAACUCCUUACCCAUCGCUGUCCCUCCCCAGUCCCCCCAGCAGACCUCAGUGUGUGAUGCUCCCUCCCUGUGUCCAUGUGUUCUCAUGCUUCGACACCUUCCUAUAAGUGAGAACAUGUGGUGUUUGAUUUUCUGUUCUUGUGUCAGUUUGCUGAGAAUGAUGGUUUCCAGGUUCAUCCAUGUCCCUACAAAGGACAUGAACUCAUCAUUUUUUAUGGCUGCACAGUAUUCCAUGAUGCAUAUAUGCCACAUUUUCCCUGUUCAGUAUAUCAUCAAUGUACAUUUGGGUUGGUUCUAGAUCUUUGCUAUUGUAAACAGUGCCGCAGUGAAGAUACGUGUGCAUGUGUCUUUAUAAUAGAAGGAUUUCUAAUCCUUUGGCUAUAUACCUAGUAAUGUGAUUGCUAGAUCAAGUGUAAUUUCUUUUUCUAAGUCCCAGAGAAAUUGCCACAAUGUCUUUCACAAUGGUUAAACUAAUUUACCCUCGCAUCAACAAUGUAAAAGUGUUCCUAUUUCUCCACAUCUUCUCCAACAUCUGUUAUCUCCAGAUUUUUUAAUGAUCGCCAUUCUAACUGGCAUGAGAUGGUAUCUCAAAGUGGUUUUGAUUUAUUUGCAUUUCUCUAAUGACCAGUGCUGAUGAGCAUUUUUUCAUGUUUUUUGGCCUCAUAUAUGUCUUCUUUUGAAAAGUGUUUGUUCGUAUCCUUUGCCUACUUUUGGAUGGGCUUGUUUGUUUGUUUCUUGUAAAUCUGUUUUAAUUCUUUGUAGAUUCUGGAUAUUAGCCCUUUGUCAGAUGGGUAGAUUGCAAAAAUUUUUUCCCAUUCUGUUCGUUGCCAGUUCGCUCUAGUGAUUGUUUUGGUUGCUGUGCAGAAGCUCUGGAGUUUAAUUACAUCCCAUUUGUCUAUUUUGGCUUUUGUUGCCAAUGCUUUUGGUGUUUUAGUCAUGAAGUCCUUGCCUAUGCUGUGUCCUGAAUGGUUUUACAUAGGUUUUCUUCUAGGAUUUUUAUGGCGUUAGGUCUUAUGUUCAAGUCUUUAAUCCAUCUGGAGUUAAUUUUAGUGUAAGAUGUCAGGAAGGGGUCCAGUUUCUGCUUUCUGCACACUGCUAGCCAGUUUUCCCAAUACCAUUUAUUAAACAGGGAAUCCCUUCCCCAUUGCUUGUUUUUAUCAGGUUUGUCAAAGAUCAGAUGGUUGUAGAUAUUUGGCGUUUUCCUCCAAGGCCUCUGUUCUGUUCCAUUGGUUUAUGUCUUUGUUUUGGUACCAGUACCAUGCUGUUUUGAUUACAGUAGCCUUCUUCGUAUAGUUUGAAGUCAGGUAGCAUGUUGCCUCCAGCUUUGUUCUUUUUGCUUAGAACGAACUUGGCCAUGCGGGCUCUCUUUUGGUUUCAUAUGAAAUUUAAGGUGGUUUUUCCAUUUCUCUGAGGAGGGUCAUAGGUAGCUUGAUGGGGAUAGCAUUGACUCUAUAAAUUACAUUGGGCAGUAUGGCCAUUUUCACAAUACUGAAUCUUUCUAACCAUGAGCAUGAAAUGUUUUUCCAUCUGUUUGUGUCCUCUCUUAUUUCCUUGAGCAGUGGUUGUAGUUUACCUUAAAGAGGUCCUUUACAUCCUUUUUAAGUUGUAUUCCUAGGUAUUUUAUUCUCUUUGUAGCAAUUGUGAAUGGCAGUUCAUUCUUGAUUUGGCUCUCUUUAAGUCUGUUAUUGGUGUAUAGGAAUGCUUGUGAUUUGUGCACGUUGAUUUUGUAUCCUGAGACUUUGCUGAAGUUGCUUAUCAGUUUCAGGAGAUUUUGGGCUGAGACGAUGGGAUCUUCUAAAUAUACAAUCAUGUUGUCUGCAAAUACAGACAAUUUGACUUCCUCUUUUCCUAAUUGAAUACCCUUUAUUUCUUUUUCUUGCCUGAUUCCUUUGGCUAGAACUUCCAAUACUGUAUUGAAUAGGAGUGGUGAGAGAGGGCAUCCUUGUCUAGUGCCAGAUUUCAAAGGGAAUGCUUCCAGUUUUUGCCCAUUCAGUAUGAUACUGACUGUGGGUUUGUCGUAAAUAAUUUUUAUUAUUUUGAGAUACGUUCCAUCGAUACCUAGUUUAUUGAGAGUUUUUAGUGUAAGGGGCUGUUGAAUUUUGUUGAAGGCCUUCUCUGCAUCUAUUGAGAUAAUCAUGUGGUUGUUGUAUUUGGUUCUGUUUAUUUGGUGAAUUACGUUUAUAGACUUGUGUAUGUUGAACCAGCCUUGCAUCCCCAGGAUGAAGCCUACUUGAUCGUGAUGGAUAAGCUUUUUGAUGUGCUGUUGCACUGGGUUUGCUGGUAUUUUAUUGAAGAUUUUUGCAUCUAUGUUCAUCGUGGAUAUUGGCCUGAAGUUUUCCUUUUUUGUUGAGUCUGCCGAGUUUUGGUAUCGGGAUGAUGUUGGUCCCAUAAAAUGAUUUGGGAAGGAUUCCCUCGUUUUGGAUUGUUUGGAGUAGUUGCAAAAGGAGUGGUACCAGCUUGUCUUUGUAUGGUAGAAAUCAGUUGUGAACCCAUCUGGACCUGGGCUUUUUUUAGUUGGUAGGCUAUUAAUUGCUGCCUCAACCUCAGCCCUUGUUAUUGGUCUCUCAGGGUUUCCACUUCUUCCUGGUUUAGGAUUGGGAGGGUGCAAGUGUCCAGGAAUUUAUCCAUUUCUUCCAGGUUUACUGGUGUAUGUGCACAGAGUUGUUUCUAGUAAUCUUUGAUGGUAGUUUAUACUUCUGUGGCAUCGGUGGUGAUAUCCCCUUUAUUGUUUUAUUGCAUCUAUUUGAUUCUUCUCUUUCCUUUUUUAAUCUGGCUAGUGGUCUAUUUUGUUGAUCUUUUCAAAAGUCAGCUCCUGGAUUUAUUAAAUUUUUGAAGGGUUUUUUGUGUCUAUAUCUCCUUCAUUUCUUUUCUGAUCUUAGUUAUUUCUUGUCUUCUGCUAGCUUUUGAGUUUUUUUUAUCUUGCUCCUUUAGCUCUUUCAAUUUUGAUGUUAGGGUGUUGAUUUGAGAUCUUUCCUUGCUUCUCAUGUGGGCAUUUAUUGCUAUAUAUUUUCCUCUAGACACUGCCUUAAAUGUAUCCCAGAGAUUCUGGUACAUUGUGUCUUCGUUCUCGUUGAUUUUGAAGAACAUCUUUAUUUCUGCCUUUAUUUUGUUGUUUAUCCAGUCAACAUUCAAGAGCCAGUUGCUCAGUUUCCAUGAAGUUGUGCAAUUCUGAGUUAGUUUCUUAAUUCUGAGUUCUAAUUUAAUUGCAGUGUGGUCUUAGAGACUGUUUGUUAUGGUCUCCUUUUGCAUUUGCUGAGGAGUGAUUUACUUCCAAUUAUGUGGUCAGUUUUAGAGUAGGUGUGAUGUGGUGCUGAGAAGAAUGUGUAUUUUGUGGAUUUGGGAUAGAGAGUUCUGUAAAUGUUUAUUAGGUUUGCUUGGCCCAGAUCUGAGUUCAAAUCCUGGAUAUCCUUGUUAAUUUUCUGUCUCUUGACCUGUCUAAUAUUGACAGUGGAGUGUGAAAGUCUCCCACUAUUACUGUGUGGGAGUCUAAGUCUCUUUGUAGGUUGUUAUGAACUUGCUUUAUUUAUCUGGAUGCUCCUGUUUUGGGUGCAUAUAUAUUUAGGAUUCUUAGCUCUUCUUGUUGCAUUGAUACUUUUACCAUUAUGUAAUGUCCUUCUUUGCCUCUUUUGAUCUUUGUUAUUUUAAAGUCUAUUUUAUCAGAGACUAGGAUUGCAACUCCUGCUUUUUUUUUUGGCUGUCCAUUUGCUUGAUAUAUCUUUCUCCAUCCCUUUAUUUUGAACCUCUGUGUAUCCUUGCAUGUGAGAUGGGUUUCCUGGAUACAGCACACCGAUGGUUUUUGACUUUUUAUCCAAUUUGUCAGUCUCUGUCUUUUGAUUGGGGCAUUUAGCCCAUUCACAUUUAAGGUUAAUAUUGUUAUGUGUGAAUUUGAUUCCUGCCAUUUUGAUGCUAGCUGGCUGUUUUGCCCAAUAGUUGAUGCAGUUUCUUCAUUGUGUUGAUGCUCUUUACCAUUUGUUACGUUUUUGGAGGGGCUAAUACCGGUGUUCCUCUCUAUGUUUAAUGCUUCUUUCAGGAGCUCUUGUAAGGCAGGCCUGGUGGUGAUGAAAUCUCUGAGCAACUGCUUGUUCGUAAAGGAUUUUAUUUCUCCUUCACUUAUGAAGUUUAGUUUGGCUGGAUAUGAAAUUCUAGGUUGAAACUUCUUUUCUUCAAGGAUGUUGAAUAUUGGCCCCCACUCUCUUCUGGCUUCUAGGGUUUCUGCAGAGAGCUCUGCUGUGAGUCUGAUGGGCUUCCCUUUGUGGGUAAUCCGACUUUUCUUUCUGGCUGCCCUUAACAUUUUUUCCUUCAUUUCAACCCUGGUGAAUCUGACAAUUAUGUGCCUUGGGGUUGCUCUUCUUGAGGAAUAUCUUUUUGGUGUUUUCUGUAUUUCCUGGACUUGAAUAUUGGCAUGCGUUGCUAAUUUGGGGAAGUUCUCCUGGAUAAUAUCCUGAAGAGUAUUUUCCAGCUUGUAUUCAUUCUCUCCGUCACAUUCAGGCACACCUGUCAAAUGUAGAUUAGGUCGUUUCACGUAAUCCCUUUAUUUCUUGGAGGCUUUGUUCAUUUCUUUUUACUCUUUUUUCUCUAAUCUUGCCUUCUUGUUUUAUUUCAUUGAGUUGAUCUUUAGUCUCUGAUAUCCUUUCUUCUGCUUGGUCAAUUUGGCUAUUGAAACUUGUGUAUAUUUCACGAAGCUCUCAUGUUGUGUUUUUCAGCUCCAUCAAUUCAUUUAUAUUCUUUUCUACACUAUUUAUUCUCUUUAGCAUUGUCUCAAACCUUUUUUACAAGUUCUUAGUUUCUUUGCAUUGGGUUGGAAUAUGUUCUUUUAGCUCAGAGAAGUUUGUUGUUACCCUCUUUGGAAGCCUGUUACUUCUGUCAAUUCAUCAGACUCAUUCUCCAUCCUGCCUGUUCCCUUGCUGGUGAGAAGUUGUGAUCCCUUGGAGAAGGAGAGGCAUUCUGGUUUUGGGUGUUUUCAUCCUUUUUGCACUGGUUUUUUCCCAUCUGUGUGGAUUACCUGUAGUUGUUAUAGUUGGUGAUUUUCAGAUGGGGUCUCUGAGUCGACGUUCUUUUUGUUGAUGUCACAGUUACUUCUCUCUGUUUUUUAGUUUUCCUUCUAACAGGCCCCUCUGCUAUAGGUCUGCUGGAGGCCUACUCCAGACCCUACUUGCCUGGGGAUCACCUGCAGCAGCUGCAGAACAGUAAGGGUUGCUGCCAGUUUCUUUUUCUCUUAUCUUUGUCCCAGAAGGAUACCUGCCAGAUGUCCACCUGAGCUCUUCUCUAUGAGGUGUCUCUUUGGAUAUACAGGGGUCGGGGUGCUGCUUGAGGAAACAAUCUGUUCCUUACAGGAGCUCAAGUGCUGAGCUGUGAGCUCUAUUGUUCCCUUCAGAGCUGCUGGGCAGGUACAUUUAAGUCUGCUGCAGUGGAACCCAUAACCACCUUUUUUUCCCAGGUGUUCUGUCCUGGGAAGGUGGGGCUUUAUUUAUAAGUUCCUGACGUGCUGCUGCCUUUUUUCAGAGAUGCCCCGCCCAGUGGGGAGGUAGCCUAGUUCACAGUUUGCCAGUAGAGGUGUUGCUGAGCUGCUAUGGGCUCUGCCCAGCUGCUAUGUGAACUUCCUUGCGGUUUUGUUUAUAGAGGUUUAGUUAGAACUGCCUUGGUAAUGAAAAUCUCCCUCAGUAAUGGUGAGCUGUCUCUGUAAUGGCAGACCACCUGGGUAAUGGUGGAUGCCCUUUUACCCGCAGAGCUAGACCGUCCCAGGUCCAGCUGUGCUUGCUGUGAAACUCUCAAUCCAGAGCGUUUCAGAUUGCUGGCCUUGUGGAGAUAAGACCCGCUGAGCCAGAUCACCUGGCUCCCUGUUUCAGCUCCCUUUUUUUCAGUCAAAUGGGUGACUGUCUCCUAGGUAUUCCAGGUGCCAGUUGAAAAGGCACGCAGAUUUGUGUGAGUUUUUAUGUGGAGACCUGUUGCACCAGCUGAAACAGCCGUGCUGGAGACUCAUGGCGCUUUUCCACCCAGGAAUCUCCUGGAUUUGGGGCAGUAAAAAUUCAUUUGGAAAUGCAGUGGUCACUCACCCUCUGUGUUCUCACUGGGAACUGCACUCCAGAGCUGUUCCUAUUUGGCCAUCUUGGAUAAAUUUUCAAAGAAAGUCCUUGCUAUUGAAAAUUCAGAAACCAAAUAGAUUUAGAUUCUGCAGUAUCCUUUUGCUAUCUGAGCAUUCUCUUCAAACUAUUUGUACUCAAGAACUAAAUAGGUUUGAAUAAAAAGCAAUACAGGUUUUAUUGUUUUUGUUGAUGAGACCUCAUCAUCUGGUGGAAAAAAAUAAUGUACUGAGAGAUAGAAAACCAGUGUUCUCAGCUCUGCCAUUAUGCCACUAUCUCUGAUUUUAUGUUUCUGGAUCCUUGUUUCUUUUUUUUUUUUUGUCAUUAUAAGACUGGAUUCUAUUUUAUGUAAAAUCUGGUAGAUCAGAAUUUUAGUAGUCCUGAAAAGUGGAUAAAAGUUUAGGAGCUAUUUUUAACAUUUCAAAAAGCCUUAAGACAUUAUAUAAUUAUCUCCACUAAGACUGUAGGUCAAACACAUUAAUAUUAUAUUUGGAUCAAAUUGAUAUUACUCUUUAUAAAAAUUACCACGCCAAGCUACUUGCUUCUUAUUGACAGUGUCUUUGAAUCAGAAGUAGGGAAUUAGAAAAGAUUGGAAAUCAUUAGCUAUAUAUUUCCCAGUGUGUAUUUCCAAAGGUAUAGGUGAAUAGUUUACUCUUAUAAGUUAAGAUUAGUAUGCUUAUUUAAUACUUCUGGACAAAUCAGACAUCUUUCAGUUGUCAUAGUUCUUUUAUCACCCAGUAAUGGGUCAUAUACGUCAGAGGAUUUAAUUCCAAAAUUGCUUUUCAAUUACUGUAUACCUACACUUAAUUUCAUUCCAUGUUUUUGUUGUUUUUCAACUGCAGUUAAAUUGUGUUCUAAAAAUUUAUUGAUCAUGUCAGUCUGUUUGCAUUGCCAAAAAGGAAUAACUAAGACUGGGUGAUUUAUAAAGAGGUUUAUUUUGACUCACAGUUCUACGGGCAGCACAAGAAGUGUGGUGCCAGUGUCCACUUCUGGUGAGAGCCUCAGGGAGCUUAUAGUCAUGCCAGAAGACAGAGCAGGAGCUGGUGUAUCACAUGGUGAGGGAUGAAGAAUGAGAGAGAAAGGGAGAGGGAGGAAAGGAGAAAGGUACAAGCUCUUUAAAACAGCCAAAUUUCACGUGAACUCAUAGAGUGAGAAUUCACUCAUUACUGCGAGGUUAGCACCAAGCUAUCUUUGAGGGAUCUGACCCAUAACCCAAACACCUCCCAUUAGAUCCACCUUUAACAUUGCAGGUCACAUUUCAACAUGAGAUUUGGAGGGGACAAAACAUCUAAACCAUAUUACUGAUUAAUUCAUUUGGAACUCUGGGUAAUAUUUUUUUUCAUGGAAAUACAUGUUGAGUAGUCAUUCAUUUCCAAGGUACAAAAGACUGUAAUGGCAAUUAAUGGUUAAUAUAUUUGAUUUGUGUUGUUUCAGCACUGCCAUCAUUGAUAAUUUGUUUUCUGAGAAUUGGAUUCUAAAUCUGGAAGAACAAGAAUGUAUUUCAGUCUUCUCUCCAGAUGUUACUUCUAUUUCUUUUUACUUGUUCUAUACCUACCAAAGUGGCCAUAUAUAGUAUUGGGACUUCAUUAAUGGGCAAAAUAUAUAAUAACCAGGCAUCUGUAUAAAAUCACUUUUUUUUUUAGUUAGCACUGCUUGAUUUGUUCUCUAUGAAACUGCAUAUUGAGUAUGUCAGUUUGAAUGCCGGUGAGUGGGCAAUUAGUUACAGAGUGGCUAAUUAAUUAGUUUUCACCCUCUGUAUUUUAGAAAGACUUAAUACUUUAUUCUGUCCUAGCCUGAGGAGAAAAUAUAUUUUAAAAUACCUUGAUACUAUGUUUCGUGAAUGCUUUUAAUCUGUGGAGAAAAACAGUUUUACUAAUGAGAUACUCACUGGUAGUAAAGAAGUGCAAAAUGAAGGUGCUAUGUGGUUGUCAAAAUGUGAGUUGGAAUUUAAAAAUUCGCCAGUAAUGUAGAAUUACUGUUGCUCCAUAAUUCUGCAGAUCUGCAUUCCUACAUUUCCAUGAUUAUUUACUUACUGAAUGAUAAAACUUGCAGCUAAAUUUGUCUUCAACACACCUUUCUCAGAGCAUCAAUUAUAUUAUUCAUUAAUGAAUAAAUAGGAUCUCGAGCAUGUAUCAACAUCAGAACUAAGCAUUAUGAAUUAUACAGUGCAUCUAGUGAUUUCUUAUUUCAAAAGAUCUCUGGUGCCAUCUACUGAAUGCUUUUUAAAGGAAAAAAACAUGAAGUCAAAUACUAGAUUUUCACUUAAUUCAAUUUUUUGUUUUGUUUUAAUUUUCAAUUAAUAGGACAGAUUUAGGUUUAUAGAAGAACUAAACAGGAAGUAAAGAAUUCCCAUAUAAUCACUUCGCCCAUCCCCUCAGUUUCCCCAGUAACACCUUUCCUUGGUGUAUUUCAUUUGCUACAAUUGAUGAACAAAAUAUUGAUACAUUAUUGUUAACUAAAGUUCAUAGUUUACAUUAGGAUCCUUUUGCAUAUGUUUUACGGUUCUAUAGGUUUGCCAAAUACAUAGUCAUGUAUCCUUCAUUACAGUAUCAUCAUAAUAUAUCACUUCCCUAAAAAUCCCUGUAUCCCAUGAAAAAAUCCCUGAAGUCUGAGUACUUGAUACUAGGAAAUAAAAAAGAAGAGCCUUAAAAUCACAGGAUCAGAGGUAGCAGUCUUGGCAAGGUACCUUUUCUGAAGAAGACAAGAGUGAUUUAGAAGGAAUAUUACUUAGAAUCUUGUUAAUAAAUGAAAUAAAUUAAGGGUCCUGUAGAAACAAAAGAGAAUCACAAAACUGAAAGCACAUCAACCCUUCAUUCUACUCUACCAUUCAAAAUGCACUAUUAAUUAAAGAAAAUAUACUAUACUAGCAUAAGGAUUAUUUUCAUCCAGAUUCUUUCUGUAUACGGCAGUUUUUUGUGUAUAACAGUAAUUGCUGGUUUGGGAAUAUAAAGUAAUUCAAAUUGAAUAGAAUAUAGGACAUAAGAAAUUCUCUCUAAAAACAAAACAAGUAGAAAAACAGAAGAAUGAUACAUCAUCAUAACACUUCAAAGUGAAUUGUAUAUUCUUAAAAGAAGCACUGACAGAUAUGAUAAAACACCUGAUAAAAAAUCUAGAUAUUCAAAAAGAAACAGAUGAAAAGGAAGAUGGGAACUGAGACUUAACUUAGGAAUGUAAUUUUAGAAAAAGAAAUCCUCUUAAAAAUAAAGGCUUAAUUUCAAAGGAGAACAGACUUGACUAAGAAUAUAAGAGUCUUUGGAGAAAGCUAUGAAAAUGGCAAAGAGAAUGAAAAUGAAAUAAAAUUGUAGAAACAGUAGAGAAAAAAAGUUGUUGGUAAAACAAUGAUCGAACAACAAAAAAUUCAGUACAGGUAUAAUGGGAGCCCCAAAGAAAAAAACAAAAUAGUGGAACAUAUUGAAACUAUAAUUUGAGAAAACUUUCCAGAAAUACAUUUGAAACUAUAUAGCUCACUAUGUACCUUGGAUAAUUGACACAGAGUAGCAAACUUUGAGACAUCUGGUAAAACUAUGAUAAUUUUAAGAAGGGAAACCCAAUGGACCUCAAGACAGAAAUACUAAGUCACAAAGAUAAAAAUCAGAUAAAUCAAAAUUCUCAACAAGAACAUUUAAAGAAAGACAACCCCAGAGCAACAUUUUCAAAGAAGUUAAAGAAUAAGUGAAACUUUUGUGUGCAGUCAAGUUGUAUUUCAUGUAUGACAGUGGUCAAAACAUAAUUAAACAUGCAAAAGCUAAAUAAAUACUGUAUUUAAAGUACUACUGGAAUAAUCUGGAGAUGUAGUCAGCAAACACUUUCUGUAAAGGACACAGAGAGUAAAUAUUGUCGAUUUUGCAGGCAAUAUGGUCUCUAUUACAGUUUUCCAUAUUUGCCAUUAUAACAAAAAUAUCCAUAGACAGCAUAUUAAUGAAUUAGUAUGGGUGUGUUUCAAUAAAACUUUAUCUACAAAAGAUGAUGGGCCACAUAUAUCCCCUACUUGCCCACCCUCAUACUCAAUGGAAUAUUUCAUGCAAUUAAUAAAUGGCAAAAGGAGUGAUUGUGAGCAUUGGCCAUAUGUUAUCUAAGGCUAAAGCAGAGUGAAGGUUGAGAAGAGUGGGAAAUGAAGUAGGAAAAAUUCACUGAGUGUCACAUAGGUAUUGUGUAGGAAUCAAAGGUAUCAUUUGAAACCUGCAUACCAAACAACCUAACUAAGGAAAAGGGGAACUAAUGGCAUCAUAAGAAGUAGUAGGUAAAACUGGUAAUCAAUAAAAAGAUGAACUAUCUUAAAUACUGAAAAUUUUACAAAGCAAAGAAAAUGGACCACAUGAAGAAAGAAAAAUUAAAAAUUCUGUAAGCUGACACUAAUAUAUGAGUCAUUGUAGGACGUGUAAAAACACUGAACUCACCUAUUGAACAGAUGGCCAGAAUGGUUCAUGAAGCAAGACUCGGGUUUGAGCUGUAUAUAUUCAGAAGAAAACAAAAUAAUUUUAAAAGACUAAAAGGAGUGAGAAAAGGUAUGGACAGCAAAUGAAAACAAUAAAGAAAGCAAGAUCAAUUCUGAUGUCAGCCAGGGUAAAAAUUAGAGGGGGGAAAGGGCUACUUCAUAGUGUUAAAGACUAUAAAUCAUAAUGUAGAUGUAACAUCUGCUAGUAUUUGUGUAUCAGAUAACAUUAGCAACCAUUUUCAUAAACAGAAACUACAGAGAAUUUAGAAGGACAAAUACACAGAAUUAACACAUCAUUUUUAGUCCAAGAUAAGUGAAGUGAAUCUAAAAUAAGUGAGGAUAUAAAAGACCUAAAAGCACAGCCAGGGAUAUUUUAUGAAUAUAUAUUGAACUCGAUUCUCAAAUAACAUGAAAUAUAAUUUCUUCCCAAGAAUACAUAGAAUAUUCACCAAAAAAAUUUUAUAUAUUGUCAAAAAGAAAUCCUAAGUUCCAUAAAGUAGAAAUAAUACCAAAAAAAUUUUUUAUUAUACUGCAAUAAAGAUGGACAUCAAUAACAAAACAUUUUAAAAAUCUUAUUUACCUGCAUUGUAAAUGCUCUUUUAAGCAAUUUUAGGAGUAAAGUGAAGAAAGCAAAGUUUCAGAAUUUCUAAAGACUCAACAGCCUUAUGUAUUUACAGCCAUUAAUUAAAGAAAAAUAAGUUACAUUUUCAUCAAAAGAAAGCUAGGAAACAUCACAAAUAAGAAUAAAGAACAAUGAAGGAAAUAAUAAAGAUUAAAGCAAAAAAUUAAUGAGCUUGAAGUCAAAAACAAUAGUACUAAAAAGUAAGUUUAAAAAAAUUGGUUCUUUGAAAAAGUCAACGAAGUAGACAGACCACUAGUUAACCUAAUUGGUAGGGGUAGGAAUGGGAGGAAGAGAAGAGGGUAACAAAGAAAGUAGUAAAAUGUAAGACAUGACAAGGGGAGGAUAACUAUUGAAACAGAUAAUUUUUAAAAUGAUUUUAUUUUGCACAACUUAGGUGAAAUGGGUUAUUUCCUUGGAAAAUCCACUUUGUUAAAAUUGUCCCAGAAGAAAUGGAAAAGUUAAAUAGAUCAGUUUUUUCUGAAGAAAUAUGAAAAGGCAUAAAGAAAGCUCACUAAAAGCACCAAGCUCAGAAGAUUUCACAGGAAUAUUUUAACAAAACUUUUAAGAUCAGAUCAUCUCAAUGCUUUAUAAAUUUUUCCAGAACAUGGAAGAAGACAGUUUUCAAAUUAUUUUUGAGUAUGGUAUUAAUCUAGAUAAAAAUCAUAUGAAGAUCACACCACAGGUACAUACACAUGACUACAGAACAAUUUCACGUGUAUCAGUAUACAAAAGCAUCAAACAGAAUCCUAAGCUACAUUAAGAAAAUGAUACAUGACAGUCAUGACAUUUAUUCCAGUAAUGCAAAAGUAGUUCAAUUUUAGGAAAUCAUUUGAUAUUAUUUACUUGUUAUUCUAAAGAGGAACAAAAAAUGAAUAUUCAGGAAAACAGGAAUUGAUUUUUUUUUUAAUGUAAAACACAUAUAUCCUAGGUUUAAAUCAAACAUAAUACUUAAUAUGGAAACACCAAGCAGCAUUCUAACUAAAACUGGAACAAACAUUAUUCUCCUCUUCCCCUGCUAUUUAACACUGUAUUCAAGUUUUGGGCUUGUGCAGUUAAACAGUAGAAAACUCUACUUUGUGUUUGUGUAUGGAAAUGGAGUCUCACUAUGUUGCUCAGGCUGGACAAAUACCUGGGGUCAAGCAGUCUUCCCGUCUGAGUCUCCUGAGUAGCUAGGGCUGCAUGCAUUCACCACUUCCUCUGUGUUAUAUUUACGUUUUUGAGGAACAGCUGAUCUGUUUUCCAAAGUAGCUGUAGCAUUUUGCAUUACUACCAACAUUUCAUAUCCUCCAUAACACUUGUUAUUAUCUACAUUCGUUUUUAUUAUAGUUAUCUUACUGGGUAUGAAAUAGUAUCUCAAUGUUUUGAUUUUCAUUUUCCCAGUGACUAAUCAUGCUAAGCAUCUUUUCAUGUACUUAACAAGCCAUUAGUAACAUCGUCUCUGUAGACAUGUCUAUUCAGAUCAUUUGCCCAUUUUUAAAAUUUAGCAUGUCUUUGUUGAAUUGUGAGAGUUCUUCAUAUAUGGUGGAUAUUGGACCCUAGUAAGACAUAUGGUUUAGAAAUAUUUUUUUCUCAUUGUGUGGACUUCGUUUCUUGAUAGUGUCCUUUGAAGCUUAAAAUGUUUAAUUUUCAUGAAGUUGUAUUUAUCCAUUUUGUUCUUGUUUGUGCUUUUAGUGUCAGAUCUAAGAAAUCAUAGCCUAAUCCAAGGUCAUAAUAUUUGCACAUAUGUCUUCUAAGAGUUUUAUAAUUUUGUCUCCUAUAUUUAGAUCUUCGAUCCACUUUGAGUUAAUUUUUGUAUAUAGUGUGGGGUAGAGGUUCAGCUUCAUAUUUUGCAUUGAUAUAUCCAGUCACCCCAGUAUAAUUUGUUGAAAAAAUUAUUCUUUCUCCUACUGAGUUGCUUUGGUACUCAUCAAAAAUAAAUUAACUGUGUAUAAAUACAUUUAUUUUUGGACUGAAUUCUUUUCCAUUGUUCUACAUGUCUAUCCAGUAAUACCUAGUCUUGACUAUUGUGUUUAUAGUAAGCUUUGAAAUUAGAAAGUACUAAUCCUCCAAUUUUGUUCUCUUUCAAGAUUAUUUUGGCUAUUCAAGGUCCCUUGCAUUUUCAUGUGAAUUUUAGGAUCAGCUUGACAGUUUCUGUAAAACUGCCAUCUGAGAUUUAGAUGGGGAUUGUGUUGAACCUGUUUGGGGAGUAUUACCAUCUUAACAAUAUUAAGUUUUUCAGUUUGUAAACAGAGGACAUGUUCCUAUUAAGUCUUCAUUAUGUUUCUGGUUUUCAGUGUAUAACUCUUCUACUUUUCCAAGUUUAUUUUUUAUAAGUAUUUCAUUCUUUGAUGCCAUUGUAAAUGUGAUUUUUUAA